CGCCAUUUCACGUCCAUUCGUCGAAACAGAAUCCAUCACAAUUUGAGACUAUUUUCAGUAUGUCAUCCAGUUCCAGGGAACUUGGGCCUUUGCCGCCAUACUCUGGUUCGACGUCUUUUGCAGAUUCGAAUACAGCCUUCCAAGAGAGGCGAAGAAGGGUAGAACCUGGGCAACCGCGGAGAAGAAUAAGAGAGCUCGGCGACCCGGACCUGGAAAACGUGGAGCUUAGUUUCCUCAGGGUCGUCGGUCGCAACAAGGUAGCCAUCGCCCGUCCGGAAGAUCUUGUCUUGGAUAGGCCAGGCGACUGGAGAGGGAUAAAUCACGGUGCCACGAUGGAGGUGUAUCCUGGCACCUGGCUAGGUCGUCGAGUGGCGGUGAAAUAUCUCCGAAAGGCCUGGCCAGCCAUUCAGUCGGCCGAAUUCGCGUAUCGGAAAGCGACAGUCGACCUCCUCUUCGAGCUCCAGAUCAUGUCAAGACCAUCCCUGAAGACCAAUCAAAACAUCACACAGCUACUCGCGGUGUGUUUCCAGGAUCCUGACGGCGAAGUCACCGACGUGAAUUCACUACCCGCAAAACCAGGUCUCGUCGUGGAACUCGCACACGAACAAUUUCCAGAUCUGCAACACUUUUUUGACCGCGCUUGCAAUCCGGGCAGGCCGGCACGUCUGCCCUUCGAGACGGCGAAAACCUUCGUCUCGGGCAUUGCCAAUGGUGUUACGGCCCUGCACUCGCAUGAUCUUGUUCAUGCAGAUCUCAAGCCCGGCAACAUUCUUGUGUUCCCCAGUUCAAGUUCCCCUUGUGGCUUGGUGACCAAAAUCGCCGAUUUUGGGUUCGCGGGAAUGGUAACGUUCACUGGCGCUGGCAAACGUGCACCACUACCCGAUGGCCGACCACGAGGAGGGACCUCGGAAUGGAACGCGCCAGAGUGCCUUGAUGAUCUUGAUCCAUGGAAAACAGACAGAUCGGAGGGUAGGGCUCAGUCUCUGGAACAUCCCCAGUACCAUUCCGCGCGCGAUGUAUAUUCCUUCGGCCUCCUGUCUUGCUAUAUCGCGCUCGAUGGCAUGUCGCCAAAACAGAUGGCUCCGGAUCUCCAAGCCACAAAACUGUCCGGCAAUCUGGUAGACGUGGCUGUGCAGCAGCUUCAGGCUCAUUUUCAAAGCGACCCUAAUAUUGACUUAGCAAAGUCUGUCUUGGGGCCUGCGGUGCGAAUUGCGCAGCUCACUCUUUCCCGCGAGCCUCAAAGCCGGAUUAUGUCCCUGCAUGGCAUCGGAGAUAUUCUGGAGGGCCGUGAACCGCCAUUCGAGGGGGAUGACGAGCCAGAGACUUCAAAUCCAUCCGCCCAGCGUUUCAUCCUCAACUUCAACCUCUUCCCCGACAACGCGCACAUCUUCAAAUGUGAAGGACUUUAUCACGCUUACUGGCAGUCCCCUCCCGAGUUUCGCGCGAGAGUGUACGAAUCCUUCCGGAAGCUGAAUUCGGGCAUAUUUGCUCAAUAUGUCGAUCCGGGCGUCUGGGACUGUUUGCGGAAUCCGCCCACCUCAUCAGGCGACGCGGUCAGAACAGGAGAAGACCCCACUCUCCACUCCGGACCACGUGGCCAGAAUGUCGGCGAUUGAUAAACAUGACGAACAUCAAGAGAUGUGAGCAAAUGUUAGGUCAUAGAACUCGCCGAUCACCCAGCCGCCGUCCGUGGCCUAACGCAUCGGGGGC